AAAAAAAGUGAGAGAGAGUAAAACUUACUCCAAUAAUUUUCCGUUUGCUUUUAAAAUUUUUGAAAAUUUAUUAAUGUAAAACUUUUGUAUUCUAAAGUUAUGCAAACUCACCCUAAUUUGCAUUGAAAACAUAAUAGAAAAUGUACACCUUGUUGAAAUUGAUUCGAAGUAUUCUAAAAUAAAGUUAACAAUAAGGUCACCGCUGACAGAUUAUUUCUGCCUUAACAAGUGAAAAGAUUGGCCCAAAUUUUGUCUUCGUCUUACAAAAAAAAAUUAAGACCUUGAGGUGAAUAACUAGAUAUACAGAUAAAAUUAAGACCUUGAGGUGAACAGGUGAGGUAAUAGAUAGAUAAAUAGACUACAAAAAAAAAAUGAGGUUUUGCAUUGCGACUUAUGGUCUAUUGUACCCCCUCCUAUAUCACGUCUUAUCAGAAAAGUCGACCACUCUGAACAAUUCCAGCAGCUUGCUGGGCGUAAUGGAGGUCAUGUGAUUCCUGUCCACGUAGAUAGAUCCAAGGGACUUGAGCCCGCAUCUACAAAUUGCUGGGUAAUUUAGAACCAGGUGUUCUGCAGUUUCCGGUUCCAUGUCGCACAACCAGCAGUUUGCACAGGAAGCUAUGUCCAUCUUGAACAAAUUUCGCAGUAUAGAGUGCGACAAGGCGACGAAAUUUGUUUCGGGGGAGGUUGAUCAUAUCUCUAAACCUUGCAAGGUUGUAUCCUCCUAAUAGCAACUUGUCAUGGCGCAUUUCCUGCCAGUGCCAUUUUUACUCUCUCAAUGCAUGCUUCUGGCCAUAUCAUACUUUAAGCAGCCAGCUCAUGUGAGCAACUCAAGGAGUUCAUUUACUACUAGACACCAUAGUAGGCUCUUGUAGACAGCCCCUCGCAUUACCAAGAAUAAUGUUUUUCUUUCCCAAAGUGGAUUCAGAACAAUCGGACUACAUUUUCAGGGUCCAUAAUCAUUUUACUGAUCCUUACUAUAGCCUGUGGUUUUCUGUAGACCAAAACUGGCCGAUUCCUUCCUUCAGACAGUCCUAUCGUUAAUAGUACAGGCCCGAAUUAAUGGUUUGGCCUUGGGGAAACAGCUUAUGGUAGAAUAGUUUCUGCCAACGCCCCCCAAACACAUACGAAAACCUUCCUGAGUGUCAAUAUUCCCCCGGCCAUCGAUAUCGCCAGCUCAGCAAAAUUCGUCCACAAUCGUUUUCGCCCCGACGUUGUCGUAACGACUUCUCUUCAACACCAGCAACUAACCGCUUCAGAUAUGGAUGGUUUCGUUGCGACAUCACAGCGAUUCGAAGACGAAAUUUCCAUCCAAGAGGUUUUUUGCGUUAAUUCGCACGGCUUCCAUACAUCUCUUUAAAAAAUAACGAAAGCACUAACUAAAAACUCUUCACGUUCCCAAAAUAGAAAUCGAAAUUAUUUGUCUUUAGAUAACCUAUAACAAUUUCAGCAAGGUCUGCAUACAUUUUAUAGCAAUGUAUCUAAAUUCGAGUAGAGAACUCAUACCUUGCAAUCUCUUACUUUACCACGUGUCUAAUAGCAUUACUUUUAUUUUCCCCAAAACGUACAUGCAUGAAAAAAAAUGUAACUUCAAUAAAAAAAUUAGAUGGGGUCGAGGUCCUCGCCACGGAUCGUUAGCCGGUCAGCAUCCCACCAUUAUCGAUUAUCGGACGGGAUACAUAAGGUCCCAUCUUCGGUCACCAUCUGGCCGUGUGAGAUGACUGAUAUGUCACCGACUGGAUUCCUACUCAAUCAACAGCAAUCACAACAACAACAUCCAGCACACCAACAACAAUAUGCCGGCUAUUCAACAUCAUCGGGCGCACACUCGAGCAGUCACAGCCACAGCAGCAGCUCAACGACACGUGCGCCACCGAUUGGCAGUGGUGGCGGCGGUGUUGGCGGUCGUCUAUUCCCCUACUUCGGUGGUGAGCACGAACGAGAGCGUAAAAAAUCCGAAACGUCAUUCUUCAAUUUGGGCUUUCGUCGCAAAUCGACUGUGGUCUAUUACGCUUCCACUGAUUAAAGGGGUGUGCUGGGCAUAAGCGUUGCUGUGCAGGCACAACGACGACGCCGUGACUUGUUGACACACAAUCAUAGAAAGUAAGCUUAGGUGGCGCUUGUGCAGUGUUGCUGAGCAAAUAAUGAAUUUAAGAUAACGAAAAUGAGGUUUGAAUUUCAAAAACGAAAUACGAGUAUAAGAAUUUAUGCAAUUAACAGCAAAAAAAAAACAAAAACAAACAGAAAAACAAAAAUUUUAAAAUUUAUAUUAGUUAAUAAAUGUGU